CCUGGAAGGCGGCGGCCGCUCCCUUAGCCUUCCGGAACCUGGGAUCCGCUGCGCGCUGCAGCCGCUCGCCCGCCCGCCCGCCCGCCCAUCCCGGUCUUCGUCCCUGUCGCGCGGCCAGGGCGCUGCCCCAGUUGCUCUCUUCACCAUGAUUCCCUGCAGAGCGGUGCUGACCUUUGCGCGAUGUCUGAUCAGGAGAAAAAUCGUCACGCUGGAAAGUCUAGAAGAUUCCAAACUCUGUCGCUGCUUAACCACCAUGGACCUCAUCGCCCUGGGGGUCGGAAGCACACUGGGCGCUGGGGUUUACGUCCUGGCUGGGGAAGUCGCCAAAGCAGAUUCUGGCCCCAGUAUUGUGGUGUCUUUCCUCAUCGCCGCCCUGGCUUCAGUGAUGGCCGGCCUUUGCUAUGCUGAAUUUGGAGCCCGAGUUCCCAAGACUGGGUCUGCAUAUCUAUACACAUAUGUCACCGUAGGAGAGCUGUGGGCCUUCAUCACUGGCUGGAAUCUCAUUCUGUCGUAUGUCAUAGGUACAUCCAGUGUCGCAAGAGCAUGGAGCGGCACCUUCGAUGAACUUCUUAACAAACAGAUUGGUCAGUUUUUCAAGACAUACUUCAAAAUGAAUUACACCGGCCUGGCAGAGUAUCCAGACUUUUUUGCUGUGUGCCUCAUAUUACUUCUGGCAGGCCUUUUAUCUUUUGGAGUUAAAGAGUCUGCUUGGGUGAAUAAAUUCUUCACAGCUAUUAAUAUCCUGGUGCUUCUCUUUGUCAUGGUGGCUGGGUUUGUGAAAGGAAAUGUGGCCAACUGGAAGAUCAGUGAAGAGUUUCUCAAAAACAUAUCAGCAAGUUCCAGAGAACUACCUUCUGAAAAUGGAACGAGCCUCUACGGGGCUGGUGGCUUUAUGCCCUAUGGCUUCACUGGGACAUUGGCUGGUGCUGCAACUUGCUUUUAUGCCUUUGUGGGCUUUGACUGCAUUGCAACAACUGGUGAAGAGGUCCGGAAUCCCCAAAAAGCUAUUCCCAUUGGAAUAGUAACAUCCUUACUUGUUUGCUUUAUGGCCUAUUUUGGCGUUUCUGCAGCUUUAACACUUAUGAUGCCUUACUACCUCCUGGAUGAGAAAAGCCCACUUCCUGUUGCAUUUGAAUAUGUUGGGUGGGGUCCUGCCAAAUAUGUGGUCGCUGCAGGCUCUCUCUGCGCCUUGUCAACAAGUCUUCUUGGAUCCAUUUUCCCAAUGCCUCGUGUAAUCUAUGCUAUGGCGGAGGAUGGGUUGCUUUUCAAAUGUCUAGCUCAAAUCAAUUCCAAAACGAAGACACCACUAAUUGCUACUUUGUCGUCGGGUGCAGUGGCAGCUUUGAUGGCAUUUCUUUUUGACCUGAAAGCUCUUGUGGACAUGAUGUCUAUUGGCACCCUUAUGGCCUACUCUCUGGUCGCAGCCUGUGUGCUUAUACUCAGGUACCAACCUGGCUUGUGUUAUGAGCAGCCCAAAUACACCUCUGAGAAAGAAAUGCUGGAGCCAUGUAACACCGCAGCUUCGAAAAGUGAGUCCCAGGUCACCAUGCUACAAGGACGGGGUUUCAGCUUAAGAACCGUCUUCAGCCCCUCUGCUCUUCCCACUCGCCAGUCGGCUUCCCUCGUGAGCUUCCUGGUGGGGUUCCUGGCCUUUCUCAUCUUGGGCUUGAGUGUUCUAACCACAUACGGAAUCAAGGCUAUCAACAGACUGGAAUCCUGGAGCCUGGCUCUUCUUGCCCUGUUUCUUGUCCUCUGCACCGCCAUCAUUCUGACCAUUUGGAGGCAGCCACAGAAUCAGCAAAAAGUAGCCUUUAUGGUCCCGUUCCUACCGUUUCUCCCGGCCUUCAGCAUCCUGGUCAACAUUUACUUGAUGGUCCAGUUGAGUGCAGACACCUGGGUCCGAUUCAGCAUCUGGAUGGUCUUUGGCUUUCUGAUUUAUUUCGCUUAUGGCAUUAGACACAGCUUGGAGGGUAACCCCAAGGAUGAAGACGAUGAUGAAGAUGUUUAUUCGGACAACAUCAACGCAGCAACAGAAGAAAAAUCCGCCGUGCAAGCAAGUGACGAUCACCAAAGAAACCUCAGCUUACCUUUCAUAUUUCAUGAAAAGACAAGUGAAUGCUGAUGAUGGCUCACAGUCUGACCACACAUAUCUUCUAAUGAGUAGACUAUGGCAGGGCGUCACCAUCGUGCUGGGCUGUGGUUUGCUGCAGGCAUGGUCCACCUAACUUAUGCUUCCUCCUCCGGACAGUUUCUCUUCAGAUGGUGAAUCAUGUGUACGGGGAAACUGACUGAGCGCACUCCUCAGUGAUGGGUAGCCCCAGAGUAAUGUGUCCGUGUGCGUUCAUGUAUGUCUGGGAACGUGAGUGUUAAAUGUCGUCAGUUUUUACUACUAUGUGACAUUAUUCCAGUGCUGUAAAUAGUGGCAUAUACUGCACAUACUAAUUCACAGUAUAUUGCUGAAUAGAGAUGUAUUCUGUGUGUGUCCUAUGUGCUUGGGGAAAUAGCAGUGGUCUUUUUUUUUCUUACUGGGUACAUGAUUGUCAAUUUGGGCAUCCUGAAAAUGCUGCCACCUGUCAUGAUGUUUAACGGCGGUGAGGGAUGGGGGGGGAAGGAUGAGCCUUUUCUGUAAAUUAUAACGCCAUGUUUUCUUCACCUACUUGCUGAGACAGUUUUCUAAAACAGCCAGGAGAAUGUCUGUUUCCUCUUCAUUGCAGCAUGAAGAGACAGUCUGUGACACCAGACAGCCACUCCUAUUUUGGAGAUCCUUAGUCGUUAAAUAGAAUACUUCCAUCCUGCUGUAAGUGACAUGCCUCCCCUAACCCCCCAGCCCUGUCAAGGGCUCCAGACAGGUACUAUAGCCUCCUUGGGACCCCUGAAGAGCAGAGGUGUAGGCAGGUGCUUGGAUAGCUUUCCCGUCUUUAAAGGUGACUGAAGACAGUAGAAGCCCCCAUAGCACACACUUGGUCAAAUGGUUCAGGCUGUUUUCCAUUACUUAAUACCUGAUCACAGCUCAGCACCUGUCACGUCAUCAAGCACAGAGCUCACCCUUUUGCUCCUGAUAUUUUCUCUGAUCUGGAUGAAAAUGGACGUGGUAGCAAAUUCUCCCUUUACAGUAUACAAAAAAGAAAAAGACAGGGGGUAUAGGAAAAUACCCUUACUUUAGUGUCACAAGGCAUUUGGGCCCAGGUUAAGGAUUUUAUACCUAAUUUAUCUCUGAUGGCUUUUUUAAGAAAUGUUUAGAGAUCCUCACCCCAUCCUCCAUCCCGUAAUUUAGCACUCUUUUUGUUUCUUCAACACAGGGUAGCCCUGAAACUCAAUCAGUAGACCAGGCUAACCUUGCACUCACAGAGAGCCAUUGGCCUCUGCCUCCCAAGUGCUGGGACUAAAGGAAUGCAUCACCUCUGCCUGCCCAUUUAGCACUUUUCAUUUAAUUUGCUUUUGAAAGGCCACACUAAGCCUAUUUACAAUAAAUCAUCAAUUACUUUCAGAAUUUGAAACUUCGAGCUAAAAAACCUAACUGAAAAAAAAACACAGUGACCUUUGUAUAUGAUUAAAUAAACAUUUAUAGGUAAGAUUCUCUGACUGCUACACUUCAUAGAGUUCUCUGAUAGUAUAAAUCUCCAAUCCUUCUUAUUCCUUAUGAAUUAAUUUUGUAUAGAUGAUUAAAUGGCUUAUUAGAUAAAUCUAAGAGCUAGAUGCUUACGCAGGUAUGGCACUCUCAGGAGACAAUGUGUUACCAAGAAUGCUAAUUGCCCUGCAUAAUCCAUUUAUUUUGGAAAAUUACCAUUUUCUUGUCGUUCUCCUAAGAGGUCGAUUAUUUUACUGGUGCUGUUUAAAAGCAAGCUGCAGUCCUCUUGGUGUAAACAGCUGUUUAUUGUGAUUAACUAUCAGAUAAGCAGGCAAAGGUCCCGGGUACUUGGCUGUCAGCAGUGCAACCCUGACCCAGACAUGCUGAGAUUUCCAGGGCGCACGUGAUAAAGUCUGAAGGCUAGACACCCUUUCCAGCUGCUUGCUUCACUGUGGAGGAGGAGUGGGUCCAUAGGAUGGGAAGGACUGUAGGCUUGAUCAGGGAUUCUUGCAGUCAUUAGGGGCUGCUCAGAGAGAGAAUCAGGGAUGAGCCCCGGGACAGGUUAUGCAAUCACAAGUGGUCAGCAUGAAACACAUGUACAUACAAGUAACACUAGAUGGACUCAAUGGGUUACAUAUACAUACAUACAUACAUAAGUACACACACACACACACAGAGAAAAUACAGAGAGAGACACACGCCAACACAUAUGUAGCAAUAAUAGAGAAGAGGUUAUGGAUUGGAUAGGGAGUGGGGGGACUGAAGGUGAGAUGGGAGGGUAGAAAUUAUCGGGAUACUAAACUCAUCAAAAACAGUUCUCCAAAAAAAUUUAUUUAAAAAAAUCCUCGCCGUUAUAGCAGUGCCCUUCCCACGGGAAACGUGAGCUGUUCCAUAUGUGAAUCCCUGACUUUCUUUCUAUAACAAAAACAGAUUCGUUUGGAUUAUGUAAGGCAACUAGAAUUAACGUGCCCACUGUGUUCAGUUAAUAACAGAGUCUAGUUCAAAAUGCUCACACCAAAACAUGUUGGAAGCAUGAAUGUCUGUGAAGAGAGGUUUUGUUGGUGACCAUGCUCUUUUUUUUUUUUCUUUUUUCUGUGAAGACCCAAAAGGACAAGCAUGUCUCCAUGUAUAUAAUGUUUCUAAACACAUUGACAUAUGUAUGUGUGAUGUAUAUUUGUGUGUUUGUUUGGGGGCAGGGUUGCUAUCACUGUGUAAGUAAGUUGGGCUUAUGAUGAGCUUUGGAUAUGAUAUUGUUACCUAGAUAAAAACCCAAUUGAUAUGGAGAGAGAUUAUUGUUUUAUAUUGAUAGAUAAUUUAGAUUUUAAGCUGUUUUAAAAUAUACAAUUUUAUAUAUAUGUUUUCUAUUAGAUUCUCUAAGACAUAUUUAUCAUGUCUCUAGUAUGAAGUCACUAGACUCUGGCAUGCUAUGACAGGUGCUUUGGAACCUGAAUGAAAAAUGGAAUAGGGGUAGGGACCUCGAGCUGUUCUUGUUUACUUGUUUCUGUAACACUGUUUCCGACACACCAGUCCCUGGGUGAGUUUUGCCAGUGAACGCCAGCAUUGCUGGCUUGUUGCCAGCCGUCUGCCCUCCUACCACUUGAGUUCAUUACACUUUGAACAAAAUGUCCUAUUCUGUUUGUUUUGUUUUGUUUUUAGGAUCACCAAAAUAUUUUGUAUAGAUUCAACUAGCCAGUAAAUGCCCCAGAAUCUGUUCAUCAGGCUGAGCAAAAGCCGCUUGGAUGACGAUUUCCCCUUAAGAACGGUGUUGUUGGUAUUUUUAGUGAGAUUGUCUCAGAGCAGCACCUUAACUUCAUACUCUUUACAAAAGAGAAUGAGCUGUGAGUUAGCACGUAAAGUUCAAGCCACCUGUAUAUUUAAAAGGGUAGUUAUGAAAACUCACGUUUAGAAACUCCUGAGAAAAACUUAUUAGAACCUCUGAGAUAUACUCAAAUAUCUUUAUCUUUUUCCUUCAUGAUAAAAAUGUAAAUAAAACUAAUGAAAAUAUUAUAAAUAUAUAUAUAUAUCAACAUUAAUAUGUAAAAUCAACAUUGAAACUAAUGUUGGUGGGUUAACUUUGGUAGUACUAACUACAAUUGAUUUAAAAAUCCCAGCUUCUGAAUUGUCUUCUACAGAAUAAAAGAUUGUUUAAUUUUAAUUUUUAUAAAGCUUUUCUUUUAGCCAGAAUUUUUCCCAAGUCCUCAGCGCUUAUAGGUAGCCAUUUAAAAUGUUUUCUAAUAAAAGACUGUCAGAAUUGUUACUAAAUUGUUUUAUAAGUGUGAACACAGCACAGGUGAAGAAAUGCAACGCCAUACAGUGCUAAGGAUUUGGAAGGAAUGCCUGCACUUUACCUUCUCCCUUCUUAUAUCAGGAGGGAGGGAAGGGGAGAGAGAGAGAGGUGACUGUGUAAGAUAAAAAUUGGUGUGUAUCCCAGACUUGCCACCCAGAUGAUGAAGUCACACUACAAUACAAUACUGGCUUUUGCUUCCUUGCAACGCUGCUAGGGAUUUCUCCAGAUACACUUGAAGUGAUAGUCCCCAAAAUACAAUCUCAACAGCACUUUUGAUGAUCUGGAUUUAGAGUGUUCAUCGUGGCGGAUUCACAUUCACAGUGUGCAGGGUUUGGGGCUGGUGAGAUAAGUGGCGUUAACUGUCCUUUUUGCUAAUAGCAAAAUAGUGCCUUUGGCAGAGAAGUGCCUCCUCUGUACAUUUUCUGUUUUACAUAUCGAGGAAAAGUACUGAAAUUCAUGUAGCAACAAUAAUGCCAGUAAAGGUCAUCGUAGAAAUAGAUGUGAAAAAAAAAGAAAGGCUGCUAGACUUUGUUGUUUAGCUGAGAUUUUGUUUUUCUUAUAUACUUAUAUUUAAAGAAUUCAAGGUAGCUUUGUGGAUUUUGAGAGGCCUGCUACUACCAUUGUAUUGCUGGUGUAGGUGUCGGCAUUUAUAGUUUUCAUGAUUGUUUAUAGCUACACAGUUUGGUCUUACUGGCUUCAAAUGUAUUCUUUUAUGGCAUGACUUGAUUUUAAAACUACAGGCCAGGAGCUCUGUACCUGUCUGUUCUUGCCCGUGGCCGAAGCCAUUGCCACUGUCUCCGAGCUCUAGGCAGACUUUCUGACCACUGACAGCCCCAGAGACACUGCUCAGGACCCCAAUUUGAUGACACAGCCAGGCUGCCUGCAGUACGUAGGUGUCUAUUGUUAGACUGUGAUGGUGUCUUAGGUAGGAGGUAGGGUAGGAAGUAAAGGAAUUCUAAUGAUCAUAAGGUCAUCUGGGAUCCUCCACUCCAGUUCCAAAUCUCUCGUGAGUGUGCUAAGACGAAUAAGGACCAAGGAAUAUCUGUGACCUGUGGAGGGAGUGGCCAUGUCUUGGAAACUGGCAUGGUAGGGCCUGGCCUGCUGUAUUUCCUGCAGGUACACAGCCUCAAGGGGAGAAACACAUGGCCGAGACUCUUCUGGUAAAGAGUCUUGUAUUGCCAGCAGGGUAGCCUUGUGUGCCCACGCCGAAUUGACAGGUCCCUCUCUGUUCUUGUCCACUAGCAGUGCCAAAUUGUUUUAUGGCUUUGUGUUGUUAUUGUUACAUUUAAUAGCAGUUGUGCAUACAGAGGCCUAAAACCAUCCAGAAUGUCUAUUUCUGCAAACCCUACAAGUACCCUAUUGUAAGUACUUGUGCAAAUGUAAAGAUAUGUUGUUUAGUAGCUAAUUUUGCUAUUUUUAAUGAUAAUUGGUGUUCCUUUUUACAUAUAAAGUUGGACUCUUUUUUUAGAAUUUAUAAUAAAAACUGUUGCUGCUUUAACUGUUGUAAUAUAUACUUUAUAAUGUAACCAUAUCUUUUUAAAUAAACCUUAAUAUGACUUAUAACAA